UUAUGCACCUCUAUACGCAGCACAAUUAAUAGUUUACAAAGAGGAAGAAACCGAUAAGAAUGUAUCUGAAUUACAGGCUGAAAAGUUGGCGAAAACAUUCGAGAUAUUUUCAUUAUUUUCCGACCAACCAAAGCAACAAAAAUAUAGAAAUAAUGGCGAAUAUUAUUUAGAAGUAGUAAAGGAGUGCAACCAACUUUUAGAAAAACAAUUAGAAGAAUAUCAAGAUCUAUUGAAUAAUCCAGUUCUCCAAAAAUUUAGGAACAGCAAUCAAUUACGUAGGUGGUGUAUUAUCGCUAUUGGUUAUGAUUUAAUUGGUGGUGUCAUAACAUUAGCCGGUUCAGCUAUUGACUCUAUCACUUCUAAAAUAGAAGAACUGGAUGAGAAGGACAUGAAGCAUUAA